AAGAGCAAGACCCAACAAACCUAUAUAUCUCAAAUCUCCCCAUUUCUAUGGAUGAACAGGAGCUUGAGACUAUGCUGAAACCAUUUGGACAUGUCAUUUCCACAAGGAUACUAAGAGAUGCUAAUGGAGUCAGCAGAGGCGUUGGCUUUGCCAGAAUGGAGUCUACUGAAAAAUGUGAAGUGGUAAUUCAACAUUUUAAUGGAAAAUAUCUGAAAACACCACCAGGCAUCCCAGCCCCUAGUGAGCCUUUACUGUGCAAAUUCGCUGAUGGAGGACAAAAGAAGCGACAGAAUCAAAGUAAAUACACCCAGAAUGGAAGGCCUUGGCCCAGGGAAGGAGAGGCUGGCAUGGCUCUGACCUAUGACCCCACAGCUGCCAUACAGAAUGGAUUUUAUUCUUCACCGUACAGUAUUGCAACCAACCGCAUGAUUCCACAGACACCCAUCACGCCAUUCAUUGCUGCUUCCCCUGUCUCCACAUACCAGGUCCAGAGUACUUCAUGGAUGCCUCAUCCGCCAUACGUUAUGCAACCAACAGGUGCUGUGAUUACGCCAACAAUGGACCAUCCUAUGUCAAUGCAGCCAGCAAACAUGAUGGGCCCCUUGACACAACAGAUGAAUCACCUUUCGUUGGGCACAACAGGAACGAUUCAGUCCCAAGACAGGAUUAUGAUACUCCACCAGCUGUUGUGUCAGUAUAUGACUGCCGCCGCUCCUAUGCAAGGGACCUACAUUCCCCAGUACACGCCUGUGCCUCCGACAGCUGUUUCCAUUGAAGGUGUUGUUGCUGAUACCUCUCCCCAGACAGUGGCACCUUCAUCCCAGGACACAAGUGGUCAGCAGCAGCAGAUAGCAGUGGACACAUCCAACGAGCAUGCAUCCGCAUAUUCUUACCAACAGUCUAAACCAUAAACAAGACCGAACGAAGAAUGUCCGUCUGAAACUCUGCCUUGAAUGAAGAAACUUCAUUGAACAAGAAGUUGGCUUCCAGUUUUGCACAGGCGUCGAUGGAAUGCUUUUUUUUUUUUAAUUUUCUACUUUACAAUGAAAACAACGUGUUUUUAUGUGCUGUGCAAGUGGUUCCUUCAUGUGGUCUGACAGUUUAUUUUUUCCA